GGAUCUGGUCUCGGUAGGGCCAGUUGCUUUCCCUAAGUACCAGCCGGUUGUCCUCCAAGGAGAGGUGAUAGCACAGCGCGCAAGGUCCAGAGGGCCCCUCCUUUCUCGAAUUCUUUUAGGAUGCUCGCCCUUUUCUACGGGAAGUAGUCCCCAACUUCCAGUACGAGUCAGGCCUUCUAGCUUUUAUACUCAUGCUCCACAAAAGUGAGGUUUCUACAGAAAAACUUUCAUUUUUCACACACCCAACAGACAGCGGUCGCAGCGCGCGGCAGGCGGUGAGAACUCAAGUGAAUCAGAACACACUUCUGCCGAGAGCGACCCAACGGGGUUUGGGGAGAUUAGCGUUAGGGGUUCAGGAGCCCAGUCCUCGGAAGUUGCUCAGGGCGUCCACCAGGUCCGCACGCAAGUCGAAGCAGGGGACUUGGAGACUGCAGACGCUCACCCUCCGCGCUUUGUUUGUCGCAGCAGCAGGGCGCAGUCCUGCCCGGACACAAUGCACCCCGGGAGCCGUCGUCCGGAUCCUGAGCCCAGAAGACGGGAACUCUCCGCAGCCGCAACCGGCGGGAAAGCGCGCGACAACGCGCGGUCACACGCUAGCGGCUCGGCGCCGGUGGGGCGCGGAGGGGCGGGGCGUGGGCGGAGCCAAGCACGAGCGGGGCGGAGCCGGGCUCAGGAAGCGCUUGGAGGCCCGAGCUGUCCCAGGGUGCUUCGCGCGGCGUGCACUCGGGUCGCUGCCGCCAUCCUGCUGGCGAAAGAGAGGAGAGAGACAGAGAGGCCCGCCCGCUCGCCGGCCGGGCCAGUGUGGGCCAGUGCGUGAGGGAGGGCGCGGGGGGCCGUGUCAGCGCGACGCAGAGCGCAGCCGCCGCCGCCAAACGGACAUGUUGGAGCCCCGCGCUGCCGCCGCCUCCCAUCCCUCCUCCGGCGCACGGGACUGAGCAGGGGCCCGCCGCCUCUGCCUGCGCUCGACCGGCCCAGCCUCGCCGCCUCGGCCGCAGCCCCUUCCUGCUCGGCCUCCGCCGCUCGUCGCCUCCCGUCCUCCUCCCCCUCCACGCCCAAGGGCCCUGCCGGCACCCGGCCCUACUCAGCCGCCGCUCCAGGUCUAGGUGACCGGCGGGCCCGGAGCAGCCGCAGCCGCCGCCGCAACGCGCGCGAACAUGGACGCCGUCAACGCCUUCAACCAGGAGCUCUUCUCACUUAUGGAUAUGAAGCCUCCCAUCUCUAGAGCCAAGAUGAUUCUCAUUACUAAAGCUGCUAUCAAAGCUAUUAAGCUUUAUAAGCACGUUGUUCAAAUAGUAGAAAAGUUCAUCAAAAAGUGUAAGCCAGAAUAUAAGGUUCCAGGCCUGUAUGUCAUCGACUCCAUCGUGAGACAGUCUCGGCACCAGUUUGGAACUGAUAAAGAUGUUUUUGGGCCAAGAUUCUCUAAAAAUAUAACUGCUACAUUCCAGUAUUUAUAUCUUUGUCCAUCUGAAGAUAAGAGUAAAAUAGUUCGUGUGCUAAAUCUUUGGCAAAAAAAUGGAGUGUUCAAAAUUGAAAUUAUUCAGCCUCUUUUGGACAUGGCAGCAGGAACCAGUAAUGCUGCUCCAGUAGCAGAAAAUGUCACCAACAAUGAAGGCUCACCUCCACCCCCAGUAAAAAUCUCUUCUGAACUUGCACAAGCUCCCACAAAUUCCAUGCCUACUGUAGCCCAGCUGCCCAGCUCCGAUGCCUUUGCUGCUGUGGCUCAGCUGUUCCAGACAACUCAAGGCCAGCAGCUUCAGCAGAUCCUUCAGACUUUUCAACAGCCUCCACAACCACAGUCUCCCGCCCUUGACAGUGCUGUGAUGGCUCAGGUUCAGGCUAUCACAGCUCAGUUAAAGACAGCUCCUACACAGCCACCCGAGCAAAAAACUGCAUUUGACAAGAAGCUGCUUGAUAGAUUCGAUUACGAUGACGAGCCAGAAGCUGUGGAAGACUCAAAGAAAGAGGAUGCUGCAGCCAUCAGCACCGCAGCCCUUGCCACGGCUGCGCCUCCUGCACCCACUGCAGCCACACCUGCUGUUGCCACGGCUGUGCCUGUGCCCUCUGCUACCUCUCCCCCUCCUCCACAGACCCCAUUUGGGUACCCUGGAGAUGGCGUGCAGCAGCCAGCAUACACACAGCAUCAAAGUAUGGACCAGUUUCAGCCUCGAAUGAUGCCAAUACAGCAGGAUACGAUGCACCAUCAGGUUCCACUUCCUCCUAAUGGACAGAUGCCAGGAUUUGGGCUUCUUUCUGCACCACCUCCAUUUCCUCCCAUGCCUCAGCCGGGGAUGCCGCAGCCUGGGAUGGCUCAGCCGGGAUUGGCACAGCCGGGGAUGGCUCAGCCUACAAUGCCACAGCCAGGGAUGCCUCAGCCAGGGAUGCCUCAGCCUGGGAUGGCUCAGCCGGGAUUGGCACAGCCGGGGAUGGCUCAGCCUGGGAUGCCUCAGCCUGCCAUGCCUCAGCCUGCCAUGCCUCAGCCGGGGAUGGCUCAGCCUGGGGUUUCUCCAGCUCCACCAGUACAGCCAACUUUCCAAUCAACUUUUCAGCCACAAAAUGAACCCCAUUCACAAAAACCACAUCAGCAGGUAGAAAUGGAAGUAGAGCAGCCUUGUGUUACAGAGGUUAAGCGGCAUGUGCCCGAGAGCAGAAAGUCGAGAUCCAGGUCACCAAAAAGGAGAAGAUCUAGGUCUGGCUCUAGGUCUCGGAGAUCCCGCCACCGUCGCUCUCGGUCUCGGUCCAGGGACAGGCGCCGACACUCACCUCGCUCUCGAUCUCAAGAAAGACGGGAUCGAGAAAAAGAGAGGGAACGGCGGCAGAAAGGCCUCCCUCAGAUCAAGUCAGAAACUGCAAGUGUUUGUAGUACCACACUGUGGGUGGGACAACUGGACAAAAGGACUACUCAGCAGGAUGUUGCCAGUCUCUUAGAAGAGUUUGGUCCAAUUGAAUCGAUUAAUAUGAUUCCUCCCAGGGGCUGUGCCUACAUCGUCAUGGUUCAUAGACAAGAUGCAUACCGUGCCCUGCAGAAACUGAGCCGAGGAAACUACAAGGUGAACCAGAAAUCCAUAAAGAUUGCCUGGGCCUUGAACAAAGGAAUAAAGGCGGAUUAUAAACAGUAUUGGGAUGUUGAACUUGGUGUCACUUACAUUCCGUGGGACAAAGUCAAAGCUGAGGAGCUGGAGAGUUUCUGUGAAGGAGGCAUGCUGGACAGUGACACACUUAACCCAGAUUGGAAAGGCAUCCCCAAGAAGCCUGACAAUGAAGUUGCCCAGAAUGGAGGUGCAGAAACCUCCCACACAGAGCCAGUUUCCCCCAUACCUAAGCCUGUGCCUGUGCCGGUCCCUCCCAUCCCUGUUCCUGCGCCUAUAACAGUGCCACCUCCACAGGUCCCGCCCCAUCAGCCGGGCCCUCCUGUUGUCGGUGCUCUCCAGCCGCCCGCUUUCACCCCUCCCUUAGGAAUGCCCCCUCCAGGCUUUGGCCCUGGCGUUCCUCCUCCCCCUCCUCCUCCACCAUUUUUGCGCCCAGGAUUCAACCCAAUGCAUUUACCACCAGGUUUCCUUCCUCCUGGACCCCCACCUCCUAUAACUCCACCAGUAUCCAUUCCUCCACCUCACACUCCACCAAUAAGCAUCCCAAACUCUACUAUCGCUGGUAUAAAUGAAGACACUACAAAAGACUUAUCUAUUGGAAAUCCCAUUCCAACAGUGGUGUCUGGGGCUAGAGGAAAUGCCGAGUCUGGUGACAGUGCGAAAAUGUAUGGUUCUGCUGGGCCACCUGCUGCACCCACGAGUCUGCCCACCCCUCCUGUAACCCAGCCUGUGUCACUGCUUGGCACUCAAGGAGUUGCACCGGGUCCUGUAAUUGGGCUCCAGGCACCCUCUACCGGUCUUCUUGGUGCCAGACCUGGCCUGAUCCCACUCCAGCGCCCCCCAGGGAUGCCUCCACCACAUUUGCAACGGUUCCCUAUGAUGCCACCUCGGCCCAUGCCACCUCACAUGAUGCACAGGGGGCCACCACCAGGACCAGGGGGCUUUGCCAUGCCCCCACCUCAUGGAAUGAAAGGGCCCUUCCCACCACAUGGCCCCUUUGUUAGGCCUGGUGGGAUGCCAGGGCUGGGGGGCCCAGGGCCAGGCCCGGGAGCAUCAGAAGACAGAGAUGGAAGGCAGCAACAACCACAGCAGCAGCCACCGCCACAGCAGCAGCAGCAGCAGCAGCAGCCGCAGCAGCAGCCACCACAGCAGUCACCAUCACAGCAGCCAGCGCCAGCUCAGCAGCAGCCACCGCAGUUUAGAAAUGAUAGCAGGCAGCAGUUCAACUCAGGUAGAGACCAAGAAAGGUUUGGAAGAAGAUCUUUUGGAAGUAGGGUGGAAAAUGACCGGGAACGGUAUGGGAGCCGUAAUGACGAUAGAGAUAAUAGUAACCGUGAAAGGAGAGAGUGGGGAAGAAGGAGCCCUGACCGGGACAGGCACAGAGACUUGGAAGAGAGAAGUAGACGCUCUAGUGGGCAUCGGGACAGAGACAGGGAUUCUAGAGAUAGAGAGUCCCGUAGAGAGAAGGAAGAAAAUCGAAAGGAGAAGCACGAGGUGGCAGACAGGGCAGGUGGUAACAAAGCUGUGGAACCUCCCCUUAGCCAAGUGGGAACCAUAGACACUGUCUCAGAACUUAAUAAGGGGGAGGCCAUGGCCACGGUGGUAAAGCCUGAAGAGUCGCCUGCUGAGGUUACCUCACCCGUUGGACCCGAGAAGGAUCCUGGCUCAGCAGCAGAGCCUCCUCGCUAGAGACUGGAUGUGACAGAAUGUGACAGUGACACUUGGGUGUAGAACAUGAGGUGUACAGAUGCUGUAUAAUAUCCGCUCCUGCUACAUCAUCCCACAGUAGUUGGUGGGGAUUGUAAGCAAUUUGAUUGCUUUCCUUCUAUUUAAAAAUAGCCAAAAAAAUAACAAAAAAUACUGAAGAUAUAUUACCCUUUUUUUGCUGUAACUUUUUAAAAGUUUUGACUUUUAAAAGUUUACAAAUCCUAAUUAGAAGUGCUCUCUAUUUUUUUUUUUUAAUUUAAGAUAAGGUAACGGUGAAAAGCCCCUCAAACCAUAGGGAUGUUUUUAAUAAACUCUAUUUUCGUAACAAACGUUAAUGUGUGCUAUUCUUCAUACACUGCAGUGAGAUGGAACGGAUGUUAACCAUCAAAAACUGAGCUGUUAAUAAUUGUUGGAGUCUAAAUUAGACUUCUUUGAUGGGGGAAAAAAAAACCACUUAUGUAGUAUUUGCCAAUACUUGGAGUUUUAUUCUUUUGACUUAAUAUUUUGAUCCUAAGGUAAAGGCUAGUAGUCUUAAUGUUCAACUAAGAGAUUUGUGUUUGCAGGUUAGGGUUUUUACUUUUUUCCUAUUGGCUUUGUGGUAAUGUUGCCCUAAUUAAUUUGUAAAAGAGAGAUUUGUUAGGGGAAAUAAUUGGAUUCCCAGUAUUACGCACUAUACUACCAAUUACCUAAUUGCUUGAGCAUUACUUAUUUAGAAGGUUGAAUGUGUUGUUUAUAAUCAUCUCAUUGGAAUUUCCAAGGUGUAAAAACGAGGUUAAUGUAUCCAACGAGAAACCCUUUUAUAGACUAGGUACAGUAUACCAUUUCUUGUAAGCUUUGCCUGUUGUCUUUACCAUCUUCAAUAGCCUAAGAAGUACACCAAACCUUUGCUACUACACCUGAAGCCAAACCAAGACUCUUAAUAGUAUUAAAAAGCACUGACAUAAAAGUGUGUUGUCCAAGCCCAGAGGGCAGCACACCUUUAAUCCCAGCAAUGGCAAAGGCAGGUGGAUCUCUGAAUUCAAGACCAGCCUGGUCUACAGAACAAGUUUGGGACAGCCAGGGUUACAACAAACCCUCUCUCAAGAAACCAAAAGAAGUUUACCCAAAUGAUUUUUGCCAGGUGGUAGUGGCAAACACCUGUAGUUCCAGUCCUCAGGCAAGUGGAUCUCUUGUGAGUUCAAGCCCAGCCUGAUCUACAGAGUGAAUUCCAGGACAGCCAAAGCUAUACACAGAGAAACCCUGUCCUGAAAAACCAAAAAGAAAGGUGGUGGUGGUGGGUGUUGUCUAGAGUCGAGGACUUAAAUGUUAGGUAUUUAUUUACAGCAGUGGUUCUCAACCUUCCUAAUACUGUGAUCUUCUAAAGUUACUGAUCCCCAACCACGAAAUUAUUUUUGUUGCUAUUUUAUAAUUUUGGCUACUGUUAUGAAUUGUAAUAUAAAUAUCUGAUUGGAAGAAUAGAUGAUAUACAACCCCAAAGGGGUCACGACCCACAGGUUGAGAACCUCUUACAGUCAAAGUUCUUUUCAUCAAAUUACAUUAGAAGACAAGAUAACCUAGCCAGUAGACACUUUCUGCCAACCCUGAUGGCCUAUUUGACCCCAGGGACAAUAAAAGGUGGAAGAAUAUGAACUUGUUUUCCUCUUAGUGCACACACCCUAAAAAUGAUUUUUAAAACUACAAGGUGCUAGGUUAAACAAAAAACUUGUCAAACUUAGCUUUAUCGUACCUAGAAGUUCCUUUUUGUAUGUUCCCAUUUGACAUUUAGAUCUGAGCUCUUCCUAAUGAUGGAAGAAAUGUGUCUGUAGCUUUGCCAGGCUUCAGCUUUCUGGUGACCCUACUUAGGCUUUUAAGUCCUUAUUAGAGUAUCAUAAAACAUGCAUCCGACGAUGAUCCAAUGUCAGAUUCCAAGGACAGACUUGCAGCUUGUCUUUCCAACUAAAAAUACUGAGACGUGAGCCACUAAAUGGUUUGUGAUUACCAAGUUAAUCCGCAUUGAGUCAUCCCCCACAUCAAAACUACAUUAAGGAAAUCAGUUACAUAGGAUUUACCUGGAACUUCAACAUAACUACUUGAAAAAGCAUUAUGAGCAAUCUUAGAUUGGAAAUCUAAACUUAAAAAUUUUAAGGUUGGAAACACCAAAUUAUGUGCUUUUCCAAUUUAGUUGUCUCUUCUUCAGUGACUUCAGUAUAUCAGUGAGAACUAUGGUUUACACCCAAUUUGUUGAAAAUACUUCAAUUGAACUAUUUCAGAUAGUCACAAGCCUGUUAAUAUUUCCUUUCAAAGGCACUCUUUCUUGGGUAUUAAGGCACUCAAUUUCAUUACCUGGGGCUAUAAAAGUCGAUUUAGCCAGAACCUCCAGUCAAACUUGGUGUCAUUCCCCGAGCUAUUGUGUUUUCCCUGAGUGCCAACCUUAAAGAUGGGUGGUACCAACUUCACUUGGCUAGUAGAGCUAGCUGAGGCUCCAUGUUUGCCUUCUAUGAGUUUGAUACAAGUUUACUAAAGGGCUUUUUCUUAAAUCAUGACAUCUAAUCCUAAUACAAUUUUAAAAUAUAAGGUUAAGUACUCUGAAUCUUGAGAGCUUUCAAUAAUUUCUCUGAUAAGGGGCAGAAAAUUUUCUGCUCAAAUUUUGUUUGGGCUACCACCCACCAUUUUGAUGGUAUCACAUAAAACACUUUCAAAAUGAAAUACUAUGAGUUAGCAUCAUUGAGUCUGUUAUUGAUGCUCAAUGUAUAGAGCUAACUUAAAAUUUUUUUUUGUACACAUUAAUAGGCUCAAAAUAAGUGCCACACAUAUUUACUAACAGGCUCAAAUGAGAAUUUCAGCUUAUCACCUGUGUAGUCUGGCAAAAUAUGGAAAGGCACAGAAACAGAUUUGAAUUCAGUGAGUUGUACACAGUCUCCAUCAGCUGUCAUUGCUGUCCUUAGCCCAGUCAAAGGAGUCACACAGUUACAACUCUUCAGAUUACAGUUUAAUGGUUUGAGGGUAGCAGAUGAGUCUGAGACUCAGACCACACAGGGAAUGUUUACUGCGCAAUCCCAAUCACUCCACAGGCCAAGCGGCUCCCAGCAUUUCCAGUCUUUGUACUUUCUUCAUUUCCACCUUUGCCCAAGUCAUCUUGUUUCUCAUGGACCUUUGAAAAGAAGAACAUUUAGGUUUGAAUGAUCAAGUAACUAGUACUUCUUCCCAGCAAUACUACAGACUUAAAUACUAGCAGUUAAGAGCAGACCACUAAGUUUUUCCUUGCUAGUGGCUAUUUCUAGAUGAAAUACUAAGACCCAAGUAACUACCAGGUACAUGCUGAUCUUAGCUCCUCCCCAACUACACAGUAGUCAUUCUUACAAAUUUCUCUAUCAAAAUCUCAUGUUGAAAGAACUAUAGGCCUACACAUAAGAGGCAAUUCUAAGUAUCUCUACUUAGCAACAAGACUCUAAAGCUUUAUUUUACAACACUUAUGAAUGACUGUUCUGCUUCACCAAUAGGGCUGAAGAGCAUUCUAAGGAUAAAGGGUCAACUGCAAGGAAGGAAGUGCCUACUGAAAAGUUAGCUGCCCGAGGUGGGCAAGAGCCUUUACUACUUGGUGUUCUGCAUGACCCAGAUGCAUCUCCCGAGGGUAACUUGGGAAGACGGCUCCCAUAUGGUAACCAAGCGAUAACCUACAGACUUGAAUACUGCCAUCCAUCGCAGAUUUUAGACUCAACGAAAUGUUGCAAGGGGGGGGGCAAUCAUGGCAAGAAAAUCCGGCUGUUUUAGACUAAAGACUAUUGUAUCCUCAACUCAGAUCCAGUCUCAUCAAAUGUAACUGCUUUCUACUGCAUUUCAGCACAACAGUGUUCUUAACUGACCUAGGCAAAUUAAUUCUUUACUAUCACAGCCAAUAAAAGAACUUUUUUCCUACCCUGAACUCUUAACAAUUUAUGUGACUCUUUAGAAACUAGUUUAACCACCAUAAAGUCAUGGGAAGGUACAUAACUAUGUUAGAAGAAAUCCUAUGUAUAUAUCCUUAUAUGAAAAACUUACCACCAUUGUACGGCCAAUGAUGGAAUGCUCUCCUGAGAGUGAGAUCACACGAUCUUCAAUGGACACAUUGGCCACACCGUCCUUUCCAGCAGUCACAUUGCCCAGGUCUCCAACAUGCCUAACAUUAAAACAGCAUCAGGUGGAUGAACAAUGAUGUCUAUUUCACAUCACUAGAGUUCAAUAACUAAGUUAAAAUCUGACUAAGUCAAAUACGUAUGAGUGGAUGAAAAAGUACACAUACAUUAUCAACUAUGAUGGCUUUUCCAGACCGGCAAAGGUCUGGAAACACAAAGUUCAAAACAGGUAGCUACAGGAUACCUUGACAGACAGUUCUUCAAGUUUAAAGGUAGUGCUCUGAGAAGAGUCAUAAUCUGGGGCUUUAGUAAAGUAUGCCAGCUCCUGAGUUAGCAAAGGUUUGCUCCCAGGCCCCCAUUCUAAAAACAGGCUAGCCCUUCUUUAUUUAGGACUUUCCUAAGGUUUCACAUACAAAUGGAAUCUCAACUAGUUUUCAUUAUCUGCAUUAGCGUCCUAUUAUACAAUGAUUUACUUUGCCAGUGACUGACAGUACUGUUAUCCAUGAUAUUUUCUGUAUUGGUUCCUUUUGGCACUUGUAUUAGUUCAUCUUCAAUAAAUGCUACAAAACCAAA